GGCAUGAGGCUUUUCUCUGACAAAUUAAAAUAUGCGUCUUAAUCAUUCCUUCUGACGCUCCGAGUGACGGCGCAGCGCCGGGACGCGGUUCUGGUUUUCCCUGGAUACAGGAGGAAUCAUCUCUCCCAUAGAAAGCUGGUUUCAAUCGGAGAUCUUCCACUUUGGUUUGUCGCCGCUCCGGGACCCAAAUGUGUCCGGAUGACAGAUCGGUCAGUGGAUUGUAGCAGCAGCAGCCCACCGAUGGUUUAAAAAGGGCGUUAAGGUGCGGGCAGUGGGAGUGGGACAACUACAGGAUGAGUGAGCGAUACACACAGGCCAGACACAAAGGAGCCGUACUUCUAAUGGUGCUUGUCAUCGGUAUCUGUGAGAUGUCCACAUCAGCAGAGGGCACUACAGCGCACCAUGUCCGAACAGGCACCUGCGAGGUCGUGGCAUUGCAUCGCUGCUGCAACAAGAACAAAAUCGAAGAGCGAUCACAAACUGUGAAGUGCUCCUGCUUUCCCGGACAAGUAGCCGGCACCACCAGAGCGGCCCCGUCCUGUGUCGAUGCCUCAAUAGUGGAGCAGAAGUGGUGGUGUCAGAUGCAUCCGUGCCUUGACGGGGAGGAGUGCAAAGUUCUUCCUGAUCUGAAGGGCUGGAGCUGUGCUACAGGAAACAAGAUCAAAACCACUAAGAUCUCAGCCGACAGAGACCAACUUUGGUAACGUCUGAUGCCUUGCAGUGGAAUCCAGGUGGAUCGACGGCUCGGGGCUUCAUUGGAUUACUGGAGGGAACGAGGCAAACGCAAAGGAUGCUCCUGUAAAUAGACUUCAUUUCCUCUGGACUGCAGUUAAUCUUUGGAAAACUCUGAUAGCGUCUUCUUGAACUCUUACAAAGGAUAAUAGAUCCAAUCGGAAGUUCUGAUUGUUAAGCAAUUCUUUUUAAAAGAUAUGAUUAGCCUUACCAGACAAGAGGAUUCCAUCUCUAACAUCGCUAACAGCGGA